AUGCUGCUUAAUUGAAAGCUGUAAUAUGCCGUGUUGCUGGUGCGUGAAAGGGUUGUGGCGAGGAGCCGUGAGGGCUGGAGGAUGCUUAGGACCCAGGGAAGCGCUGGAGCGCCUGCCUGGCUGUGCUUGGAGCGGCCGGGACUUCUCAGGUGUCCUGGUACAGCGGCGCUGUGCGAGGGAGCCCUCCCCUUCCCCGCGUCCAUGCCCAUCCUCUGAGCACCCCCUGGGCACCCAUGCCCUCGCCCGGGGACCACUGCACACCAUGAAUGACCAGUACCACCGAGCAGCCCGGGACGGCUACCUGGACCUCCUGAAGGAAGCCACCAAGAAGGACCUGAACUCUCCGGACGAGGAUGGCAUGACCCCGACCCUAUGGGCUGCCUACCACGGCAACCUGGAUGCCCUGCGCCUCAUCGUCAGCAGAGGGGGGGAUCCAGACAAAUGUGACAUCUGGGGGAACACCCCUCUCCACUUGGCAGCAGCCAAUGGCCACCUCAACUGCCUUUCCUUCCUCAUCUCUUUUGGGGCCAACAUCUGGUGCCUGGACAAUGACUACCACACCCCGCUGGACAUGGCAGCCAUGAAGGGGCACAUGGAGUGUGUGCGAUACCUGGACUCGAUAGCUGCCAAGCAGAGCAGCCUCAACCCCAAGCUGGUGAGCAAACUGAAGGACAAGGCCUUUCGGGAUGCGGAGCGGAGGAUUAAAGACUGUGUGAAGCUGCAGAAGAAGCACCACGAAAGGAUGGAGAAACGGUACAGAAAGGAGAUGUCAGAUAAUUCGGAUACCAUGAGCUUCUCCAGCUAUUCAAGUAGCACCUUAAGCAAGAAGUUCCAGCACAUGUCUAUGGUGACUUCCCUGCCAUACUCACAAGCCACCAUCCAUGGCACAGCCAAGGGAAAGACAAAAAUACAAAAGAAGCUGGAGAAGAAGAAGCAAGUGGAUGGGACGUUCAAGAUCUAUGAGGAUGGGAGGAAAAGUGUGCGGUCUCUAUCUGGUCUGCAGCUGGGGAACGAUGUCAUGUUUGUGAAGCAGGGCACAUACGCCAGUCCCAAGGAAUGGACCCGGCGUAAUAUCAGAGACAUGUUCCUCACGGAUGAAGACACUGUCUCCCGUGCCAUAAGUGACCCAGGUUUGCACAUGGACUCGGCCCAUUCGGAAGUCAGCACCGACUCUGGCCACGACUCCUUGUUCAACCGCCCCGGGCUCGGCACCAUGGUGUUCCGGCGCAACUAUGUCAGCGGUGGGCUUUUUGGGAUCGGCCGGGAGGACGCUGGCACAUUGGGUGAAGACAACACAGAUGGGGUAGGUGUCAAACUGCGGAGCCGCCUGCAGCGCUCGCCAAGUCUCAACGAUAGCAUUGGCAGUGCCAACAGCCUGCAGGAGAGGAACGCGGAGGAGCUGCCCUGGGAUGAGGUGGAGCUGGGCUUAGAUGAUGAUGAUGAACCAGAUACCAGUCCCUUGGAGACUUUUCUGGCUUCCCUGCACAUGUUUGAGUUCAUCUCCAUCUUGAAGAAGGAAAAGAUUGACCUGGAGGCCCUCAUGCUGUGUUCAGACAAUGACCUGAAGAGCAUCAAUAUCCCGUUGGGCCCUAGGAAAAAGAUUGUGGAUGCCAUCCAGAGGAGACGACAAACUCUGGAGAAGCCAGAUGUCAUUGUAGACACUGAACUAUAGCAUCAUCAUCUUUUUUUUAAUGAUCCAGAAACAAACCCAGUUCUAAGUUGCCAGAAAACACAAGCCAGAGACUCCCUUCCUGGGGCAGCUGAAAGCUACAGCCAUCCCCAGCGGUCCCUCUGGACUGCCCUCCUGCUCCCUCGCUCUGCUCCCUGCCUGUGCAAUGCUCCCAGGCGGUACCUGCUACAGAGGGAUGACGGCUGAGAUCGGACCAGGCAGCUCCUGCCAACCUUGAAGGGAUGACGGUCAUUGCUCGCUGGAGGAAGAAGCGUGCUGCACUGUGCUGUCACAGGCUGUGAGACCACACAAGCCAGGAGUGGAAGGAGAUACGUGAUCAUAUUAUCAAAGGGACCUAAAAUAAAUAGUUACAAUCCA